AUGGGAGUUUGUUAUCAUUCUAUAACAAUAUCCUUGUGUUUAAUGAUAAUUAUAUUAUCAUUAAACUGGUACCUUCCACCAUUAAAAGCAACAAAACCAAAUCCAGUUGAUUUACCUAGAGAGAGAUUACUUGUUUCUCAUCGUGGGGGUGUUUACUAUUAUCCAGAGAAUACUAUUGAGGCAAUGAAAGAUUCAUAUGAACAAUUUAAUGUUGAUAUGAUUGAAACUGAUAUUCAGAUGACAGCCGAUAAUAAUUUUAUUAUUCUUCAUGAUGAUUUUUUGGAUCGUACCACAAAUGGAAGGGGUAAUGCCAGUUAUUAUACACUUAAUAAAAUUCAACAACUUGAUGCGGGUUAUAGAUAUUCUCCAGAUGGAAAAACGUUCCCAUUUAGAGGAAAAGGACUUAAAGUCCCUUCUCUUCAAAAUGUUUAUGACUCAUUUGUUAAUUCAGGCUUAAAGUUUAGUAUUGAAAUAAAAAACGAAGAUCCAAAAGUUGUUGAUAUUCUUGUACAACGUUUAAGAACAAUGCCAAAAGCAAAAGAGUUCAUUUGUUUCUCUUCAGGAUGGCACAACGUUAUUAAACGUUUUAGGUUACUUACAAAUAAUACAUUUUGUACAGUUGCUAGUGAACAUGAAGUUAUUCAAUUAAUGGUAUCAGUUAAUCUAGGUAUACCUCGUCUGUACUAUCAUUUCUUCCCACUUAAAGCUCAUAUUAUUCAAGCACCAUUUACUUCUGUUGGAGGUGUCAAUUUUAAUGACAAAAAGUUUCAGGUUAUUGCAAAAGAACUUGGAGUAAAAUUAGUAUUAUUCACCAUUAACAAUGGUUAUGAUAUUGCAAAUUGUCUUUCUAAUGGAUGUCAAGGAGUUAUGACUGAUAGACCAGAUAUUGCAGUUAGAGUUAUGGAAUUAAUGGGUUUAAGAAAAUCAUUUAAAGAGUCAUAUCAGAAGUUUGACAAAGAAGUUGAAACAACAAGUUGGGACUGUACAGCAUUUUCAUGUUUAGUUAUUGAUACCUUAAUUGGAGUCUUACCAGCACAAGUGACUUUCUUCAUAAUUAUCUUUUUCUUUGUGUUUUUAAUCCUCUCCUUUCUUAAUAUUAUUAAAUGGAUCUGCUGUCGUACCACCAAGAGAAAAGUUGAUUAG